AGUAAGUCUCUUAACUUAUCUUUCUUCUCUCUAUCUUCUCUGUGUGAUUUGGUUAGUCAACUGCUAGCUGUCAGUGCCAGUGAUAAGAACGUACAGCCAGAGAAAACAGUCAACGCCUUACAGAGAUGUCUGCUGUUCCCUUCUUCUCCAAACACGGAAUACUACUUCUUCUAGGCUCCAUCUUCCAAUAUGGUGUAGGUGUUCCUCUGAUCAUCAACAAGAGAGUGGGGGACUCCGUGGAGCUGCUGGCAGGCUUAGAGAUGGGACAUUUCAAAUCCUUGGAGUGGAAGUAUAUGGGAAAGGAUAUUGCAGAAUUCAAUUCAGAUGUUGUAUAUUCACCUGCAUCCCAGUUUAAGGGGAGACUAAAGAUGAAUGCCAAAAACUACAGUUUAACAGUCAGAGAACUGACACUGCAAGACUCAGGGGAUUUUCUACUUACAGGCGAAGGGGACAAAGGUCAGAUUGACAGUAAGACCAUCACUCUGAAGGUCCACGAGCCUAUAUCCAAGGUGGCGAUCCAGACAGACAUCAAGUUCUUGGCCAACCACUCCUGUAUGGUGCUGCUGGUGUGCAAUGUGUCCUCCUACCCCAACAUUACCUACACCUGGGAGAGAGACAAUGAGAUCUAUGGGGACGCCCAGCAGAUUCACUUCUCUCUCUCACCAGCAGAGAGAGACAUCAGUGUAAAGUGCAACGCCUCCAACCUCGUCAGUUGGAAAACUGACUCUGCAACAGUAAAGUGUAGUAAUGACACAUCCACCCGAGGUACCUAG